CCACGGCCGCCACCACCACCACCAACCUCGCCCGACGUGGCGAAGGUCCUAGAAGGUUGGAGUGAGAGAGCCGCCUUUUCCUCCCAGGCUUUUGCUCCCUCCCCUGCCUCCUCUCUCCAUCCCCGCCCCCGCCAGCAUCAGGACGUUUAAAGGGAUCCAUUUAAAGGGGAAGUGACUCAUUUUUCAUAGGUUCGCUCGGCCCGGCCCGCUUCUGGAGCCUCGGGGCUCGCUCGCUCUCCGGCCGGCCCCCCGCCUCGGCCCCGGCCUCGGCCUCAGCCGCGGCGUCGGCAGGCCGGGAGGCGCGGGCCACGCGGGAGGACCAUGGCCCAGGGGGCGGCCCCGGGCGGGCCCGGGGAUUCCGUUUCCCGGCGUUUCCUAUACGAGGUGCCGGCCUGGAUCAUGUGUCGCUUCUACCAAGUGAUGGAUUCCCUGGAGUCGAGCGACUGGUACAAGUUCGCAUCCCUCAUCGUUCAGGACCAGACGGAACUGAGGCUCGGAGAGCGCUUUUCUGAUCGGACGGCCAGGAUCAUGUGGCCUUGGAUUAACAGAAAUGCCCGGGUUGCCGACCUCCUUCAGAUCCUCACUCAUCUACAACUGCUUCGAGCCCGCGAUAUCAUCACCAGCUGGGACCCUGAGCCCCCAUCAUUCUCUCUUGCUGCCUCGUUAACCUACACACCCACCCCUCCGUGGCCCCCUCCUCCUCACCCAAAGCCCACUCAGAGUGUCCAUAAGGAAGAGGGACCCAAGCUUCAAAAAGUGCUACAGUCUGCCUCGACCUUCCCUUCCCCAGGUUUCCCCUCAGACUCCUGGCCCUUCCCCUGCCGGUCCCUGAGCCCUGCACCCCAAGGGCCUAGGCCACUCGGCUCUGACACCUCCUCUUCUGCCACCAAGCAAGGAGAAGAGAACAAAAUCUCCCCAGUGGAAUGUGCCCCCUCAGGCCCCUUCCGCUGGCCUCUCCUGGAGAUCAUCCAGGCCACCUGCAACUUCUCAGAGGAGCUGAAGAUUGGCGAGGGCGGCUUUGGCUGCGUGUACCGGGCUGUGAUGAGAAAUACUUCCUAUGCUGUUAAAAGGCUCAAGGAGGAUGCCGAGCUGGAAUGGAACACCAUAAAGAUGAGCUUUGGCACCGAAGUGGAGAAGUUGUCUCGGUUCCGUCACCCAAACAUCGUGGACUUUGCCGGCUACUGCAUUCAAGACAACAUUUAUUGCCUGGUCUACGUCUUCCUGCCCAAUGGCUCCCUGGAGGACCAGCUCCACUCUCAGAGCCAGAAUCCUUCCUUCCUCUCCUGGGCUCAACGAGUAGAUAUCCUGCUUGGCACCGCAAGGGCUAUCCAGUUCCUUCAUCGAGAUGACCCUAGCCUCAUUCAUGGAGACGUCAAAAGUUCUAAUAUCCUUCUUGAUGAGAAGUUGAUGCCCAAAUUAGGGGACUUUGGCCUGGCCUGCUUCAGCCGCUACUCGGGGGCUGCCUCUGGGAAGAGCAGCUCCGUGGCCCGAACCCAGACAGUUCGGGGUACCCUGGCCUACCUGCCCGAGGAAUACAUCAAGACAGGGAAGCUGACGGUGGAGAUUGAUACCUUCAGUUUUGGCGUGGUGCUGUUGGAAAUCCUGACUGGGUGUCGAGCCAUUGAGACAGAUGGGGUGAAAACCAAGUACCUGAAGGAUUUGGUCAAAGAAGAAGAAGAAACUCUGACCCUCCGCAAAGGGACGACAACGGGAGCCGGGGCAGACUUGAACGUCUGGGCCACCCAGAUCGGUUCUCAACUUUAUGCAAAGUACACAGACUCCAGACCUGGAAAGUGCCCUCCGGAGCUGGGCCAGGAACUCGGCCGCCUGGCCUGUCGCUGCCUGCACCGCCGGGGCAAAAGGAGGCCUCCCAUGACCAAGGUAUAUGAAAGCCUAGAGAAGCUACGAGCCUCAGUGGAGCUGUCAGAGCAAGAGGCUGGAAGCAGAGGCCCAGCCUCGCCUCAAGAGAACUCUUACAUGUUCACCCCUAGCCCGGCACCUUAUGCCGGCAUCCCUCUGCUGCGUUCCCAAGCCAGGGCCCAUGCUCAGGACUCAAAGCAGUUUAGGGACCCCCCCAACCAGCCCGUGGAAAGUGACGACAGCACUCCUGGUCUCUACGAAGCUCUCAGUUCCUGGAAUCUGAACCAGAACUUGCCCUCGGCGCCCAGCCUGCCUGGGGGCCCAGGGGAGAGAGAGGGUGCUCAGUCCUUGUGCUCUGUUAGGCAGGCUCCCUGCCUGCCAGAGGCAGCUCCAGGAGAAAGCUGGAGGAGCCGCUCGGGACAUGGACAAAGCAGCUCAGAAGAGAGCAUCACCUCCUCAAGGCCUCAGAUCAUCAUUAACCCUGCUCGGCAGAAGUUUGUCCAAAAACUGGCCCUGUAUGAAAAUGGGGUGCUCAACAGCCUGGAGCUCCUUUCCUCCAGCUCUCCCCCAGGUUUGCUGCUGGACCAAGAAAACAGGCAGGGACCCGAGGAAAGUGAUGAAUAUCAGAGCUGAUUUGCUCAUGUGGACAGAUACCCAGAAAUGGAAGUCAAAGUUCUCAUAGUUGGAUGUUCUCAAAGUGCAAGAACACUUAUCUCUAGGUGGGGGGUCGUGACUGAAGCAAAACACUGGGAGAGGAACAAAGCUGCCAGGAUAAAGGUGCCUCUGGGAGGCCAGGCUGGCUGGCGCCUGGCCCUAGGGCACUCUCUGCCAUAGGGAUAGGAGUCCCGCUCUGUAGCGACCCCUGAGUAGAGAAAGCUUGCCUCUUGGGUGUUAGACCACAAUUGUCUCAAGAUGGAAGCAGGUCUCUGUAUCUGCCCCAGAUUGUAGAGUAGCCAGAGUCCUUUCUUCAAUUGGCUUCUAAUUAGCCACCGGGUGGGAAGAGAGAACGGAAGGCGGGAAAGGAUGAACAGCUUACUCAACACUGAUCGUUUUGCCUCUCCCCCAGCCCCUCAUCCCGGGGCCAGACAGGACCCACUUUCUUUGACAAGACAGCCUGAAAAUCAGAAAUGGCCUGAGAGGCAGGUCGAUGGUACGUUCCCACUCAAACACCCCCCCCCCUCCCCUUCGGUGCCACUACGGUCUGGGAAUGGCCCAGUAGAAACAAAGGAAUCAGGUGAGGAUCCUAAGCCAGGCAGUGGAGUAGGAAGCAAAGACACGUGAUAGCAGUGAGGGCCCAGAGCUGGCCGUGGCUUCACUUUAUCACAGCUGAGCCUUUUGAGCCUUGCCUCUAGGAUCUGAACCAAGCUGCUAGGAAGGUUGGCAGCAAAUGCAAAUAAUUGCAGGACCAGAAAGGUCCUGCUUCUCCUUAGCUGGGGCCAGCUUAGCUUCAAUUUUCCAUGGGCAUCCUGGUAUAGGAAGAAGACUGGUGGGGGAGGGAGGAGGGAAAAAAGGCACUGAUUACAAAAUAAAACCGAUUCACACAUGGGGCCAAAUCCCCUGCUUGCUUUCUAGCUAAUAGCCUGUGACUGGUGCACAAAGUACCUCAGUGGCACAGAAGCGGGGUUUGCGGCUGGCACCUUACCUGGCCACUUAGUAGUCACUACAAGCCUCAGGCUGGCCCGUUCUGGACAAAGCUAUUUGAUGAAGACCAUAUUUUCCUUGGGCAAUAAAAUCUUUGGUAUAUUUUUUA